UGUGUAUUUUUUGUUUAUGUAUAUGGUAUUUGUUCUAAUAUGGCUUAAAGUAUGUUUCUAUGAAAUAACAGUUUUGAAUGUUUGGGGUCAAACACUUUUUUUUCAGACUACGUCUGCACUUUCAUGACAGGAAAGAGCCCACUUCUCUCUUUUAUUAAUAAACAGUUAUUUCCCGCGAGAUCUCACAAACGUUAUGCAGGUUCUCGCAACGUUUUAACACAUCGUUUUUUCAUAAACUUAGAUUUUUUUUUCUCUUUCGCUCUCCAACUGGAAAAUUCCAUAAGAUCACUCAGUGACUAAUAUCUGUCGGUAGAUGGCGCUCCUACCGCGUGUACUACGAUUUUAGGAAGUCGGGUCACAUGAUAAAGCCGUCGUCUGGAAACGGAGCUUUUGAAUAGCUGUCGUGUACAAACGACAAUACUUUUGGAGUCAAUGUAACCUAGACAUCAGAUGGUCCCAUUAAACAACUGGGCUGUAAAAUUCGUAGUAUUUAAAACGUAGCCUACAGUGCGAACACAACGCGACUCCGUGUGUCUACUGACUGAAGUCCAAAGGUCUGGUUUUGAUUGCUUUAUUCUUAUGCCCAGUCAGCGCCUACACUUCCCAUUACUGCAAGCUAUGCUACGAGACAUUUUCUGCGACCACCACAUUAUCAUGACAUAAAUAACGAAUACACUGACGACCUAGAAACGGCUAUUACAAAUUGCAGAUAAAGUUAGAAAAGUUAGAUUGCGUGAUGUAAAAUGAAUCGUCUAACAGCCAAAGUAGUAGUAAUUGGAGCCGGAUUUGCUGGUCUUGCUGCUGCAGCCACCUUAUUUGAGGCUGGAUUUCAACAUGUACAGGUCCUGGAAGCCAUGGGGAGAGUGGGCGGCAGAGUGCACACAAUUAGACCAUUUGGCUCAGACAUCAUAGAGCUGGGGGCCAACUGGAUUCAUGGCCAGGAGGGGAACCCUCUCUUUCAGCUUGGUCAGGAGCAUGGUCUGCUGUCAGAGUGCUUCUCAGCCAGCACGAAAAUGUGUCUACCUGGAUCUGUAACUCUUUCUGACUACUUCUUUAAAGAGGAUGGGAGGUUUCUCCAGGCUGAGGACGUUGAGCCGGUGUGCGCUCAUUUCAGUCAACUGACUUCCAGGGCAUUCGACUCUGAGCUGGAGGACAGGCACCGCUGCCUAAGCCUUGGGGGUUACCUUGAUGAUGCCUUUGCUGAAUCGCCUCUGGCAGCAACAGAGGACGGGCUGAAGGUUUUUGAGUGGUGCAAGCGGUGUGAGUGCACAGACGAGGCAAGCUCUUCCCUCUAUGAGGUGUCUGCCUCUCAGAUUGGGCACUACGUGGCCCUUGAGGGGGGCUUUUUUAACUCCCUUGGCCCCGGAGGGUAUCAAGCAUUUAUAGACAUCCUUCUUAAACGGUUACCUGCUGGGGUGGUCAUGACAAAUACCCCUGUUGCGAACAUUGAGUGGGCCCUAAAUGGGGGAGACCAGGGCAAGGAGCCGACCCAUCCUGUGAGGGUUGUCUGUGAAGAUGGCCAGAGCUUUGAAGCAGACCAUGUGAUGGUGACGGUCUCGUUGGGGGUGCUGAAGCAGAGGGCCGCACUGAUGUUUCGCCCCCCUCUCCCAGACACCAAGAUGGCUGCUAUUGAAAGACUUGACAUUGGCACGGUAGACAAGAUCUAUCUCCGCUUUCCCGAGAGGUUUUGGCCAGAAGAUUGUGCAGGUAUACAGUUGGUAUGGGACAAGGGACCUGAGGAUGCCGCCGUCUAUAAUUCAGAGCUGGAAGGGGAGGCCUGGAAGGAGACCUGGUAUAAAAAAGUCUGCGGCUUUGACACGGUGGCCCGCCACGCGAAUGUUCUGUGUGGCUGGAUCACAGGUAGAGAGGCACUCCACAUGGAGACCCUGGAGGAUGAAGAAGUGGGAGAGGUCUGUGAGAGAUUACUCAGGUCUUUCACUGGCUGGUCUGUACCUGAGGUCUCUCAGGUGUUAAUAUCCCGGUGGGGGUGUGACCCCUAUGUGCGUGGCUCUUACACAUUUGUCCCACCAGGGGUGCUAGCAGAGAAGGAACAUGGAGCUUUGGCAGCACCUCUCCCACUUAAGCCAAGUUCUGCAGACAGGAAGCCUCUGCAGGUGCUGUUUGCUGGAGAGGCGACGCAUGUGAACUUUUAUACCACUACACAUGGAGCUUAUCUCUCAGGUAUCAGAGAGGCACAGAGACUCAUUAACUUUUACGCCUAGAGAUUCUUAGAAAGAGAAACUCUCACUCCCAUGAUAGACUUCCUGGAAGUUACCUAACAUCUAAUUCUGAGUUGUCAAUGACCAAAGCUAAGAGUUAUCCUUAUCUGAUUUUGACUAAAGCCUGACAGACACUGUGCAACUUUUCUCAAUCACAUACGAUGCAGUAACUCACACUACAUGUUUCGCACGGACAGAAACUCACGAUUGCUGGGCUCACACUAAGGGAAAUCGGACCGUGGAACUAGUUGCACUACAAGACAGUCAACAAAAAUUUUAGACAUGCCAGAAAUCUAACCCAAUUAUUUGAGAGCUGGAAUGUUGAUUGUUCAGGCUUUUAAUGGGGAGGUGUGACCCUGCUCAAACCGCACAAUAAACUGUCACUAAAAUGUAAUUAAUUGAUUGAAAUAGGGAAACAGCCUUGUGUUGAUACUACCCCAUUAAUAAUUUUGAAUAAUCGUUUAUCAUUGACAGAUUAUCCUGGAUGUGUAUGAUAUUUUCAGUGUUCAAUUUGUUAUUCUUUAUUUGUAUAGCCUACCUAUAUUUCUACUCUGACAAACACUAUGGGCAGAAAUGAUUCUAAAUGAAUUAGAAUAUUUUAUUUUUAUUUGAAUUGCUCUGUUUGAAUAACUGCAUUGAAAAACUGAAUCUGAAUUCCAAGAUUUGAAAUUGAAUUUAUUAGUUUGGAACUGAAUUCCAAUAAACUUGAAAGUGAAUGUAAUAUUAUGAAAUUGAAUACAUUUGCUCUGAAACUGUACUAGAUCCUCACUGAAAGUUCAACUCUAUAUAAGUCUCUAUAUGUACCCAACCACUGUGUCGUUUCAUGGUAUUAAUACUGAGUCACAAAAAUGUUGAAUGGGUUAAAAGAUUUAUUUACCAGA